AUGUCACCUGAACCAAACUGUGACUACAUGUACGCCACGUACCAUCACAAGCCUCCCGCUAUCCUCCCGAUUGAAGUGAGACGCCAGAACGCGCGAAACUUCCUCGACCGCCUAGACAAGGCAGACGAUAUUAUCAAAGGCGAGUUGAUGAAGCCAGAAAAGGAUAGGGACCAGCACCUACUUUCCCGACAGGGAAACAUAACCUAUGAAUGGAGGCAAUUCCAGAAAAACAAUGUUCACAAAGAAUACGUCAUGGUGGAUGGAGAGAUGAUAAAGUGUCAGGACCUGAUUGAGGAGGAGGCGGACCUCAAUGAGAUGCUUCGGCAAGAGGAUCGUCAAUAUGAAUUGGAGUGUAGUUUGGCCGAUGAGCUCGAUCGGAAACACGAACGGUACUGUCUCGAGCAAGCGAAGAAGCAAGUGCACCUGGAAUUGCUGCAAAAGGAUCGUCCCACAGCUCUCGCACCGCCUUCCUUCUCCCAAGCCUCAUAUGUGGUUUUGAAGAAGCGCAAGCGUACAUCUGACGAAGAAGAACAUGACUUACAGGUCGAGGCGGACAUAGCAAAGCCUCGUAAGAGAUCUCGAUCAGGCACUCCCGAUGCAAUUCCGAUGUCAGGUUCGUGGGACUUUGCAGACUUGGACCGGGGCAUGGACCUUUCUGAGGAUACUGAUACAGAUAUGGAUUGCAUGGAAUUUGGCAUGGACCUGGACAAUCAGACUCCACAGGACCAAUGGACGGUGGACAAACCCAAACCAAAUACAUUACAGAUGAUCAACAAAGAAAAGAAAGACAAACCUCGUCGUGCAGCGCAAGCGAUGAACAAAGAGGAAAAGCAAUCACGAUCUCCUACACCAGACCGCGUCGGCGGAGAGAAGAAGGCAACAAUGCCACUUGCAGAACAGGUCGCUAACAAAGAUGAGACGACGCCACCUCCCGAGGUAGAGAUGACGAACAAAGUGGAAGAGCAGCCUGUUCACCGUACCGUACAGAAGGCAGACAAGAAAAAGAAGAAGGCGCCUCACUCUACAUCUCAGACGACGAAUGAAGCAAACACACAAACACCACGCCGUCCCUGCACGCGCUCCAGGCCAGGUGUCGCGGUGUCGCUCAAUUUGCGCAAGAAGAAUUCAGUCGAACUGCUCCACUGCAAUGGACAGCAUAGGGUAAUGGCCAUGGACGACUUUGCGAAGUUGUCUGUAAUUACGGUUUAG